AUGCCUUUCUCGCAUUGCUGUGAGGAUUUCUGCGAGUGGGUGUUUGAGAGGUUGGAGAGAAUGUUCCCUCUCCUAAUCUCAUACACUCGUGCGAACCAGCAGGCUCGUUAUGCUGCUGGCACGGAUCGGGUGUGGUUCGUGAGCAAGGAUCAGAAGGUGAUCAGGGACGAGGUUUACAUCUGUCUGCCCUGCUUCCCCGAGAUCAGCCAGCUCCCCGAGCUAUGGAGGCAGCCAAAUAGUUCACAUCGUAUGAGACAGCCGCACGAUUUGGUGGCGCUCUUGCGAUCGUGCGGCUUCCAUCGCGACCUGGCGCGCGGGAGGCGAAUUCACGCACAGAUCCUGUCGUGCGAGCACUGGCCCUCGAAUUUCCUUGCGAAUCACCUCGUCCUCAUGUAUGGCAGAUGCAAGAGCGUCGAGGAGGCGUGCGAGGUCUUCAAUGGCAUCACCCAGCCGGAUCUCUUCUCGUGUAACAUCAUGCUCGACACAUUUGCCAAGAACGGGCAAUUGUGUCAGGCAAAACACUUCUUUGAUUUCAUGCCCGCUCGAGAUGCCAUUUCGUGGAAUGUGAUAAUCAAAAUUUUUGCCUUAAGCGAGAAUUUGCAAUGCCUAGACACUGUGUGCGAUCGGCUGCCUGCUUACGGCAUAAACUCCUGGAACUCUAUCAUUGCAGCGUUUGCCCAGUUUGGAGAAAUACUCCAGGCUAAGCUUUUCUACGAGAAGAUGAAACGUUGUACUGACGACACUAUUGUGGCAUCGACUGCUAUAAUAGUUGCGUACGGGAGGUCUAACCUGGCCCAAGAAGCUAAAGUUUUGUUUGAUUCAAUGCCGCAGAAAGAUGUAAUCUCAUGGACUGCGCUCCUCGCUGCAAAUGCCGGAAGAAGGGACCUUGUGGAACUUGCAAGAAUGAUCUUCGCGGCCAUGCCGCAGUGGAACUUGGUCUGCUGCACGACUAUGAUCCAGAUGCUGGCUCAGGACCGAAGCUUGGAUCAAGCACGCGAUAUCUUUGAUCGAUUGCCUGAAAGGAACAUCGUCGCCUGGACUGCAAUGAUCCAAGCCUACCUUCAAAGCUGCCAGUUCCACCAAGCGAAGCUUCUCUUCGAUCAAAUCCCAUUCCCUCCCGAUUCCACGCUCUCCACCUUGCUGAUCUCUUCCCUCCCGCGAGACGCUUCCAUCGACGACACCAUCGCUAUCUUCAACCGCAGCUCCCCGCGCGAUCCAAGAACCUGGGAGGCGAUUCUCUCAGCCUUCUUGCAACUUAGUCUCGUCCAGGAAGCUAACAGCGUCUUCUGGAUCAUGCCACAGCACUCGACGAUCGCUUGCACGAUCAUUCUCCGAGCUCAAACCGAUACCGCGAGCUCCAAGCUCAUCUUCGAUCAAAUGGAGCACCGGGAUGCCAUCUCUUUCAACGCGAUGGUCCAUUCCUUCUCUCAGCACCACGAUCUGGAGGCCGCUUGCAAGAUCUUUCAUGCAAUGCCCGCCUGGGAAGCCUGUUCUUGGACCACCAUCCUCCAGUGCUAUGCCCAGGCUGGGAAUAUCACCCAAGCACGCAGUGUUUUCGAUGCCAUGGCCGAGAGGAACGUUGUCUCCUACAACGGACUUCUCCAAGGAUACGUUUCCAGUGACAAUUUUGAGCUCGCCAAGAACACCUUCGAGAAAAUGCCCGAGCACGACGUUGUGAGCUCCACGACGAUGAUCUCGGCGUAUAGUCGGAGUCGAGGAACUCUCGAUCAAGCUCGAGCUCUCUUCGAUACUCUCCCGGCGAGGGACGCUGCCUGUUGGAACGCGAUGGUGUUUGCCUAUGCCCGAAAUGGUUUUCUCGCCGAGGCAAGCCGGCUCUUCGCGAAAGUUGGCUCCGCCAACACCGUGCUGUGUAACGAGAUGAUGGCUGCGUAUUCUCGGGCCGGGCUCGUCGAGAAAUCUCUAGAGCUUUUCCACUGCAUGCCUCGACGAGAUCUUGUGUCGUGGAACUCGGCUCUCGGUGGCUGCUGCGAGAAUGAUCUGUUCGUCCAGGCGAGAAAAGUGUUUGACUUGAUGCCUCAGAGAAGCGAUGUGUCGCUCACGACGAUGAUUUCUGUGUGCUCCCGGGGCGGUAAACUGGAAGAAGCUGAGUAUAUAUUCACGAGCAUACCUACGAACCAGGAGAACGGCGUGGCCUCCACGGCCAUGGUUGCAGCGUAUGCUCAAAACGGAGAGUUGGAGCGAGCUAAGAAGCUAUUUGAGACCAUCUCGAGGCCGACCAGUGUUUCUUGGAUCGUCAUGAUCGCUGCUUGCGCUCAGCACGGCCUGGUGACUGAAGUGAUCGAGUUGUUCCACAGUAUGCCGGUGAGGGACUUCAAGUGUUGGAAUGCCACCAUUGCAGCGCUGUCUCAGAACGGCUGUAGCAAAAAAGCAGUCGAGUUGUAUAAGUUGUUCCAGCUUGAAGGUCUGGAGCCGAGCGAGAUCACUGUGCUGAGCGUGUUAUCUGCCUGCAGCCGUGCUGGAUUGCUGGCCGAAGGUCACGAGUGUUUCAAGUCAAUACAAGCGGACGACCGGCUGAAAAAACUGAUGUCACCGGAACAUUACGCUUGCAUGGUUGAUCUUCUCUCUCGAACUGGAAACUUGUCCGAGGCCCGGGCUUUCAUAGAAAGCAUGCCUCUCGCUGCAAGUAGUUCUGUUUGGAAUUCACUGCUGGGUGCUUGUGGAACUCAGAGUGAAAAGCUCCUGGGUAUAACAGCUGCGCAACAAGCCAUGGAACAUCCGAACGCAAGAUCCUGCUCGUCACCAUACGCGGCACUCGCAAACGUCCACUGCAUGGAACUAGAUUUUUUAUGA